ACUCAAAUGGAGAAUUUCUCGUGGUUCAGUUCAGAGUGGUAAAAUACUCUCUGGUGGUAGGGACCUGCUUUCGACUUCUAAACAUUGUGCAAUCGAGUGAUAUCGACGUUUGUUUUUGUAUGGAACUAGUCAUAUGAUAACUGUCAGAGAACAAAGUGAAUCAAACAAACGCAAUUUACUUUCUAUUAAUCGUUCGUAUUUCUGUACGAUAGAGUUGUUCUUUUCUUGUGAUUUCCUGACUUACGCUUGUUUCUCAGUUUCCUUUCAUAAAAUAUGUUAAAUCACAGUGUACUUUGUCCAUCUGAGAAAUAAUAACAUAAUAUCUACAUUAAUCCAUAGUUGUAAAUAAGUCAUUUGGUAGGCUUCUAAACUUAUCGUUCAUUUUUGUGUAGGCGAAUUUUAUUGUAUUUUGUUGGUAAAAUUUCUGCAUUUUCAUUGUUUUUCAAACAUUAAUUUUUUUGUGGCAAGAUUACUAUUAUAAUUGUAAUUAAAAUAAUAGUACAAGCAAAACUAAUCAAUGAAGUCUUUUUGAUUCUUGAAAAAUGGUGGAGCCAAAAUGUAUUGUUGGAUUUGUAUGCCAGCGUUGUUUACAACCAAUAAAAUUGGACACAGGUUUCAAUAAUUUGGGAGAGCACACACUUGCUGAAUUGUCUUUGCCAAUCCAUACCACACCUGAAGUGGAUCUUGAAGCUCAAGCAGGGAGCUUUGAUCAGUAUAUACCUCCAUUUCGACUGACAGAUUCUGGAAAUGGUGCAAAUGGAUUUACUGUUGUGGGCGAGGAGGGUGAGACUGAGAGUCUUAGUCACCACAUGCGUGUGAGAGCAGCAUUAUUUGACAUAAUGUCAGGAGCUUCAGAAGUUGAUCAUCCUCUUUGUGAAGAAUGUACAGAUACGCUCCUGAAUUUAAUGGAUCAACAGCUAAAACUUACUGAAGAUGAAUGGAACGAUUACAGUGAAUUUCUUAAAAAGUUGGAGAUGGAAGAUGAAGAACAAGGCUUGGAAAUCUUAGAGAAAGAUUUGGAAGAUUUAAAAACUGAAGAGGAAAGCUUAGAGUGCCAGUUGCACUACACACAGGCUCAGCUCAGCAAACUUAAAAAGACUAAUGUGUUCAAUGCUACCUUCCUAAUAUGGCACAGUGGUCAUUUUGGAACAAUCAAUAAUUUUCGUUUGGGAAGAUUACCUAGUGUACCUGUAGACUGGAGUGAAAUCAAUGCUGCCUGGGGCCAAACUGCUUUAUUGCUAACAGCACUGGCUCGUAAAAUGAACCUGACUUUUGAACGAUAUCGCAUUGUACUAUCUGAACAUCGCAAGUUGCCAUUGUAUGGGUCAGGAGGAUUUCGCUUUCUCUGGGACACUAAAUUUGAUGCGGCAAUGGUUGCAUUCCUUGAUUGUUUACAACAGUUUAAGGAAGAAGUAGAAAAAGGAGAUUCUGGUUUUUGCCUCCCAUAUAGAAUGGAUAAGGGAAAAAUUGAAGAUUCUGCAUCAAGUAAUUCCUUCUCUAUCAAAAUUCAAUUCAAUUCUGAAGAACAAUGGACAAAAGCUCUCAAAUUUCUACUUACAAAUCUAAAAUGGUGUUUAGCAUGGGUGAGCUCGCAGUUCGCUAAAGAUGAGGCAAAGUCCUUAUUGGCCCGUUAACAACUGCCUAUAAUCAUUGUUUUACUGCAUGAAUGGGAUGUCAGUAAUCUUGACUCAUGGCCACAAAACUAGUCAUGUGAAUUUUCUUGUAAACAAAAUGCUUCAGAGUAUUGACUUUUUAAAGCUAAUGUGUCAUAAGAAUUGUAUAUUGAAAAUGUUUUAUCAAACUUGAUAAUUUAUAUUUUCUUUGUUCAUUCAUUUUCUGAAAAGACCUUUACCCCAGUUUUUUCAGGAUUAAUGAAAAUGUUACCUUGGUUUGUAUGCAAUCAGUGCGUCAAAAUUCUAUCAUAAGUAUUAAAUGAAGUGAAUGGAGUUAAAUCUAUUCCUUUGUGAGUAACAUACUGAGCAACAACACACAAGAUUGAAACGAUACUACUGUGAUAGGGUGGUAAUGGUCUCACUAUUGAUUGGGGGCAAUAAGUAUUGAGUUAAUAAAUUCAACACAAGACUUUUUAAUUUCAACUCAAAAAAUGAAGCAAAUAGUUGCUACAACAUGAAUUUGUCCAUGAAAAAAAUAUUUGUGUUAGCAACAUUCUUCUCUAUCACAGAAACAUGCAUUUUAUUAACAAAAAAAAUAUAGUAUUGAAAUUCAAAGAACAACGAUCAUUGGACAAGAAUGGAGAAAGUAAAAAUAGAUUGUUUAUAAAAUUCUAGUUGAACAAACCCAGCAUUGACCAGGCAUUUAUUUAUCACUAUAAUCAACAUUGUUGCUAGCGGGAAAGACAUAUACCCUCCAAAAUUUUUAAAUUCAUCCAGUAGUUUUACUUCUAAUUAAUUUUUUUAUUGAAAACAAUUUGAGUGAAACUAUUACAUAUUUCAAUUAUUUUUCAUUUAGUAAUGUUAAAAUAUCAAACACUAAUAUGGUGUACACAAACAUCUUUUCCCAAUUUUCAUCGGUAAAAAUUGCAUGGGGAAAGGAAUGUUAUGAAGAAGCUUCAAAAUGGAAGAUAUACAUAGGAAUUCCUCAUAAACAUGCAUUUUCUUAUCUAAUAAAGAGAUUUUUAAGAUUAUUAAUGUUUGUACAACAUACACAAAAAUAAGUGGACAUGCAGAUAUGUGGAAAUUCCAACUUUUAAACAACACCUUAUUUGCUGAGAUUGUUUGAAUGGUUCAUCUGGAAAAGAAAUGUUUGCAUAACAUUUUAGAAAUAAUAUAGAUGAUGUUUCAAAGUUCCUUAUGUCAGAUUUCGAUUUUAAGAAUAUAAUACUAUUUUUGCAACAGAUGUAAAUACAAUUUUUGCAUACAGCUCAAAAUGCCCUUGUCAAAGAAAUUUAUUAAACAAAAAUAAAUGAAAAUAUCUUAAAAAAUUCAAAUAUAACAAUUUUUCAAAUGCCUAACUAUUUCAUCCUCUAACUUUGUGUCUCCUCCAGUGGUGGCUCGCGAACAAAUUUUCAGGGUAGAAAAAACAGAUUACUGAACAGUGGCAGAUCCCAGGAAUGUUUGCAAAUUAAUAUUUUAUAAGUUAUUUAAUGCUGCAGAAAAUCAAUUUGGUUAUUUGAACAUAUCUUUCAUGCUGUUAAUAUGCACAUUUCCAGCAAUUUGUAAAGACUGUUGUAAUGAAGCUUUUCGAAAAUUAAAUUUUUCUGUGAAAAAGUGCUUCAAAUUCUGAAUUUAAUGUAGCGCUGAAGUGUCAUUUUCUUAAAAAACGGUUCCAACUUUUUCAAAGAAAAUUGCUGUUUAGGACAAGGUUUUACUGUUCUUUAAAAUGUAAAAACAAUAUUU